AAUCUCAACGACUUGAUUAGGCUAUAAACUUUUCAUAUAUUAUCUGAUCUCUCUCUAUAUAUAAUAAGAACCACAAAAGCUUCUUCUCUUAGUUACGCUUUGCAUUGUUAGAUUCACUUUGGCUCUCUCUCUCUCUGCUGAUCUGAGUUAACUACGAUUCACUUUGAUCAAACCGUGAGAAAGUUACAAAACACUAAUCCUUGCAACCAUAAAUGACAAAAGGUGUUUCUAGUUUCUCUCCAUCGACAGUGUUUCUCCGGCCAGUUCUCAACGUCGACACAACGUCUUCUCCUUCUCCGGAGAUUAUUCGAAAAAGAUACCUAAAAUGGCCGCUAUGGAUCCGAGAAAUAAUGGUUACGCUGCUCCGCUAAAUGAGCGGGAGAGUGCAACAAAUUUGGAACUUGCUGAAGUGGUAGAGGUGCAAGAUGAUCAAAGUGUAGUGUCUCACACGUCCAAUGAUUCCAACCUUCAGAAAAAGAUGAUGAAGAAAGAAGAGAAGAAGAAGGGUGGCUGGACAAACGCAAUCAUUUUGCUAGCAAAUCAAGGGUUAGCGACUUUGGCCUUCUUUGGGGUGGGAGUGAACCUGGUGUUGUUCCUAACACGUGUUAUGGGACAAGGUAAUGCAGAGGCUGCGAACAAUGUAAGCAAGUGGACGGGAACAGUUUACAUGUUUUCUCUCGUGGGAGCGUUUCUUAGCGACUCUUAUUGGGGUCGUUACUUGACUUGCACCAUCUUCCAAGUCAUCUUCGUUAUCGGAGUUGGCCUCCUCUCUUUUGUUUCUUGGUUUUUUUUAAUCAAACCUCGAGGUUGUGGCGAUGGGAACCUUGUCUGUAACCCUACUUCUUCACUCGGAGUUGCUAUCUUUUAUCUAUCUGUUUAUCUUGUAGCCUUUGGAUACGGCGGUCACCAGCCAACGCUGGCUACUUUUGGUGCAGACCAGCUUGAUGAUGAUCAAAACUCCAAAGCUGCGUUUUUCAGCUACUUCUACUUUGCCCUCAACGUCGGAGCUCUCUUUUCAAACACGAUCCUUGUGUAUUUUGAGGAUAAGGGGUUGUGGACUGAAGGCUUCGUGGUGUCACUAGGCUCCGCCAUUGUCGGGUUGGUAGCCUUUCUGGCCCCAACAAAACAAUAUCGUUAUGUCAAUCCAUGUGGGAACCCGUUGCCUCGUGUGGCGCAAGUCUUCGUGGCCACUGCUCGAAAGUGGAGUGUUGUUCGUCCGGGAAACCCCCAGGAGUUGUAUGAAGUGGAAGGUCCUGAAUCUGCUAUUAAAGGAAGUCGAAAGAUAUUUCACAGUUCCAAGUUUGUCUUCUUGGACAGAGCAGCAGUGAUUACAGAGAAUGAUAGGAAUGAGACAAGGAGCAACGCAUGGAGGUUGUGCAGUGUAACUCAAGUAGAAGAGGCAAAAUGUGUGAUGAAGUUGCUUCCAAUAUGGCUAUGCACUAUAAUCUACUCAGUGAUCUUUACACAAAUGGCGUCUUUGUUUGUGGAGCAAGGUGAUGUGAUGGAUGCAUUUAUAGGGAAAUUUCACAUCCCUGCGGCGAGCAUGUCGGUCUUCGACAUAUUCAGCGUCUUUCUAUCAACAGGACUCUACCGCCACGUCAUAUUCCCAUACGUGAGACCCACGGAGCUUAUGAGGAUGGGGAUAGGGCUGAUCAUAGGGAUAAUGGCAAUGGUGGCUGCGGGGUUAACAGAGAUCCAACGGCUGAAACGAAUAGUCCCGGGGCAAAAAGAGAGUGAGCUCUCAAUUUUAUGGCAAAUCCCACAGUACGUGCUUGUGGGAGCUAGUGAGGUGUUCAUGUACGUUGGACAGUUAGAGUUCUUUAACGGACAAGCACCAGACGGGUUAAAGAACUUAGGAAGCUCGUUGUGUAUGGCUUCGAUGGCAUUAGGUAACUACGUGAGCAGUUUGAUGGUUAAUAUUGUUAUGGCUAUAACCAAGAGAGGUGAGCAUAGCCUCGGAUGGAUACCGGAAAAUCUAAACGAAGGUCAUAUGGAUCGGUUCUAUUUUCUGAUUGCCGCAUUAGCUGCUAUUGAUUUCGUGGUUUAUUUGAUCUUUGCAAAGUGGUACCAACCCAUAAGCCAUGAUGAAGAUAGCAUCAAGGGAGGUUCUGGUGGUAACCUUAAGACUGUUUCUGAGUUGGAACAAGUUUGAUUUUCUUUUGUUUUGUGUUUUAGAUUUCAAUUUUUAGCCAUAUCUCAUCUUUUGAGAUGUUUCUUUUUUGGUAGAAGACUAUCUUUGUUAGUUUUUAGAAAUUCAAGUGCUUGUUAGGGUCAUAAUACUAAAGCAGAGCAUAAUAA